UUUUUCAGGCAUUAGUUUCAGGCUAAUUACUAGCUAAAUACAAAUGUUUCUAAAGGAACUUUUAAAGAUUUUUAAAUUUUUUGGUCAAACUUUUCUAUUUUGCAUACAUAAUUGAAAAUCUCAAAUGGUUGUUUAAUGUACUAGAAUUGUCGAAAGCAAAACAUCGAUAUAUUGUAUGCAUCGAUGUUUUUCCAACAUACCUAAAUUGCCAUUUGGGAUAGAUUUGCUCCAGUAGUUUAGUGGAAAUUAUAAACGUUUUGCAGUAAAAUGGCAAAUUUUAUGCAAAAGAGUGUGGUGACCUACGCUUGCACCUGUGGUCUUGUGAAUCCAAUAACUAAACUCUUUUUCUGUCGACACUGUUUGAAGCUAAGGUGUGGUUUUUGCGUCUGCCACGAAGUUGAUUCGCAUUUUUGCUCCAAUUGCUUGGAGAACAUACCCUCGUCGGAAGCAAAGCAUAAAAAGAAUUGUUGCACCAAUUGCUUUAAUUGUCCAUGUUGUCAACAUACUUUGUCCGCAAGAGCCACCAUGGUUGUGGUUCCCAAGAAAUCUGAUGAAGCUCCUAAAGAGAGUGAAGGAGAUGGAGGAAAGGUUGUAACGAAGAAAAUGUAUUAUCUCUCAUGCCUGGGUUGUCGGUGGACGUCCCGUGAUGUGGGCAUUCCUGAUCAAUCUGUUGCGACUGGAGCUUGGCCGGAAAAUGAUUGUUCUUACCAGACACGCUUCAAUGCGCUGUUGGAAUACUACCAAGCUGUCGUCUUGCAAGACAAGCAAGAAAAGCAGGAAUACUUAAGACGUAAAACACCCAAGGCACAUAAAUUUCCAAGUCUGACCGAUCGCACGGGUCUGACUGUUUCGAUGAUACGCCGCCAAAUUGGCUGGCCAGAUAAAAAUACUCAAAAGGCAAAGCCGGUAAAUAUCUCACCAUCAGUUGCCACUGAAGAACUUGAGGAGCUACCUGAUGAGGUCUUUACGCAACCAUUAAAUCUCAGAAACGUGAGUAAUAUUAAGCAACGUCAUGGCCAACCGUCCGAUCAGCCUUUCACAAUCGACAAGCUAUAUCCACAACGUAGAAUUCUUUGGAUUAAACGUUCAUUGCGAUGCCGCCAGUGUGAACAUAAUGUCAUUAAACCAGAAUACCACCCUACAUCCGUUAAAUAUCGUAUACAACUUUUCGCUAAUUACCACGUCCCUGACGUUUUACUCGUCCGAACUGACCAGCUGUUGUAUGCCGGAAAAUCCAGCUCAAUAACUCUUAAACUUACUAACCCAACAAUGCAUGAUAUGUCGAUUAAAAUUAAAGAACUACCGAAUCAUACUCAGGAGCUAGAUAUGAUAGAAGAGUUUAAGCUCGCAUGCAAAAUAAAGGAAACCACGGCAACCAGUGCUGCUGCAGAAUCGCUGAAAUCAAUAACGAGUUCGCCAUCACUGACAAGCACUACACUUUCGAGACAAACUUCGCUGAUAGAAGAUCCACGCUUAGUGAAGGAGAAGACCAACGCCAAAUUAGACACUAGUGAGAUGACAUUUGUGCUUAAUCAGCGUGACGACUCCACAGAAUUCGAUGAAGAUGUGGAAACACCUCGAGAGGAGCCAGAAUUUAUAAUUUGGCGUAAAUCAAACAAAGCGUCAAUUCGUCUGAACUUCACUACUGAUGAAUCAUUGAAAGUUGGCGAACUUGUUAAAGUUGGUUUCACAAUGGAAUACACUUAUGUAAACACAGUGACCAAUGCACCAACUUCUCAUACCUUGAACGCGCGUGUGUUUAUCGACGCCGGCCCGAUCGUCGCCAAUUAAAUUAUUACUAUUUAUUUUAAUGAAGGAAAUACGAAUAUCUAAUUUUUUAAUGUAUAACGAAACUUGUGCUCUUAAUGUUUGGAAUUAUCGCAAACUGUUUAGUUAUGUAUAACAGUGAUGAUUUAGCGGCUUAAUUUUAUUUUCGCUGUAUCAAUAACAAGGGCCGUGGGCUUUGGUACAGUACACAUUUAUGCAUGCUGCUUCAAAGUGAUAAUCCAACU